GCGGACGAUGGGGGGAAAAUCUGUCUCCUGUUUCCCCAAACAUCACCUUCAUUAAGAUGUAGACCGGUGCGCGUCCAGAAAUCCGGAGCCUGCUGGUCACAGGAGAAUAUCUUUCUUACAACAGUUAUUUAUAAAGAAUAAAACACAUUUUGGAUUUACGGCACACUUGUUCUGGACUAAAGGGGGGCUCCUUCAUUUCUUUCCACGCAUGUGGAUGUGUUGGACCGCAUCUGAGCUGAGUUUAUAACCUCUGGAAUGAGAAGUGCACCAGUUUGAUUUCCAAACGCUGGAGCGUGAGGAUUUUCUUCCCUAUGUGGUUUUUGGGAGGACUGGACCUUAUCCUAACGGGACGUAAAAGAGGAAUAUAGUCUGAGGCAAGAAAAAGCGCAACGAAUGUGAUUCUUCUCUAACGAGGACAGACUUCACUCUACAUAAUCAAACCUUAAACCACCCCUACACUGCUACACCUGCUUCUACAUCUCAGAAUGACGGACACGCUUCAGUGAAUGGUGGCUCCACCCCCUCAGAAUUGAUGUUUGAAAAUUAGAAUUCAUAUUUCUUUCGAAGAAUGCUGACAGGAACUUUUUGUGGAGUGUUUUCCAUCUAGUGAGGAAUAUUUCUUAGAUGUGCAGGGAGUAAAUGAACGGCUGCUACCUUUCUUCUGGAUGGUUGGAACUCGCUUUGUUUUGAAAAGGGCUGUUAGCAACUGCAACCAUCAUCUGCUCAAGAGUUGCCCUGGAUUUUGUUUAUGUUUGCAUCUGCAUGGCAUAAGUGAUAGAGAAAGUAAACUGAACAUUAACAAGGAUAUAAACUAGGCUGAGAACUGGCAAUCAUGUCUCGGUGGAGGCACCAUUCAGAAAGUUGGAGUGCUCUCUUUCAGACUGCCAGGAGCAGGGGCAGGAGGAUGGAUGAACUCAGACGUUCAUUGGGCAUGAACUGUUGGGGGGUCAUACUAACAUGGCUUGGACUGUUGCUUCUGCUGUGUCCAGUUGCUGUGUUGGCUGAGAAACUUGAUGAGAACGACCCAGUGGUCACAACCGUCUAUGGCAGGCUGCGUGGUAUCAAGAAGGAGCUUAACAAUGAGAUCCUUGGACCCGUUAUACAGUUUCUUGGCAUCCCUUAUGCCACCCCCCCCACCGGUGAGCGCCGCUUUCAGCCUCCAGAGCCGCCAGCAUCAUGGUCAGACAUUCGCAAUGCCACACACUUUGCCCCAGUGUGUCCUCAGAGCAUUGUGGAAGGACGCCUGCCGGAUGUUAUGCUGCCAGUUUGGUUCACCAACAGCAUCGACGUGGUGUCCACUUACGUUCAGGAUCAGAGUGAGGACUGCCUUUAUCUCAACAUUUACGUACCCACUGAGGAUGGUCCCCUUACAAAGAAACACACUGAUGAUUUAAGUGAUAGUGACCGCACGGACGAUGAAGAUAUUAGGGAGAGUGGAAGCCCCAAGCCAGUGAUGGUUUUUAUCCAUGGGGGUUCUUACAUGGAAGGAACUGGAAAUAUGUUUGACGGCAGCAUCCUUGCCAGCUAUGGGAAUGUGAUCGUCAUUACGGUGAACUACCGCCUGGGCGUCCUAGGAUUUCUGAGUACUGGUGACCAAGCAGCCAAAGGAAACUAUGGUUUGCUGGAUCAGAUCCAGGCUCUACGUUGGACCAGUGAGAAUAUAGCAGCCUUUGGUGGUGACCCGUUACGCAUCACUGUGUUUGGUUCGGGUGCUGGAGCAUCAUGUGUGAAUCUCCUCACUCUGUCUCACUAUUCAGAGGGGAACCGCUGGAGCAAUUCCACCAAAGGUCUGUUCCAGAGGGCCAUUGCCCAGAGUGGGACAGCUCUAUCCAGCUGGGCUGUCAGUUUCCAGCCAGCCAAGUAUGCGCGGAUGCUGGCCCGUAAGGUGGGCUGUAACCUGGAGGACACAGUGGAGCUCGUGGUGUGCCUUCAGAGAAAACAUUACAAGGAGCUUGUAGAUCAAGAUAUCCAGCCAGCCCGCUACCACAUUGCGUUUGGCCCCGUCAUCGAUGGAGACGUCAUACCCGACGACCCGCAGAUACUGAUGGAGCAAGGUGAAUUUCUCAACUAUGACAUCAUGCUGGGCGUCAACCAGGGGGAGGGCCUGAAGUUUGUGGAGCUCAUCGUUGACAAUGACAAUGGUGUCCAGGCCAAUGACUUUGACUAUGCAGUGUCCAGCUUUGUUGAUGACCUCUAUGGUUACCCAGAGGGUAAAGACAUCCUGCGAGAGACCAUCAAGUUUAUGUACACUGACUGGGCUGACAGACACAACCCGGAGACCCGACGGAAGACGUUACUGGCACUUUUUACUGAUCAUCAGUGGGUGGCACCAGCUGUAGCAACAGCUGAUCUACACUCCAGCUUUGGAUCGCCUACGUACUUUUAUGCUUUCUACCACCACUGUCAGACAGAGCAGGUACCUCCAUGGGCAGAUGCAGCGCAUGGAGAUGAGAUCCCAUAUGUGUUUGGGCUGCCAAUGAUUGGGCCAACAGAGCUGUUUCCAUGCAACUUCUCCAAGAAUGACGUGAUGCUGAGUGCCGUUGUCAUGACCUACUGGACAAACUUCGCCAAGACUGGGGACCCAAAUCAACCUGUACCCCAAGACACCAAGUUCAUCCACACAAAGCCCAAUCGCUUUGAAGAAGUGGCGUGGACACGUUACAACCAGAAAGACCAGCUCUACCUGCACAUUGGCCUGAAGCCUCGGGUCAAAGAGCACUAUCGGGCAAACAAGGUCAACCUAUGGCUUGAGUUGGUCCCUCACCUACACAGCCUCAAUGAGGUCACCCCACUCAUCCCUACCACUACCAAGAUUCCUCCACCAGAGGCCACCCACCUUACACCGAAAACCACAAUUCUGGUAACUAAGCGGCCAAACCCAACUCCAUUCCCCACUGAGACCCAGAACAGCCACAACCAGCCUCACCUAGUGGACCAGCGGGACUACUCCACAGAGCUUUCGGUGACUAUUGCUGUAGGAGCUUCUCUUCUUUUCCUCAACAUUCUGGCCUUCGCUGCUCUCUACUAUAAAAAGGACAAGCGACGGCAUGACGUCCACAGGCGCUGCAGCCCCCAGCGGAGCGCUGCAAAUGACCUGGCUCACACUCAGGAGGAAGAAAUCAUGUCCCUACAGAUGAAGCAGCACUCAGACCUGGACAGGGACUGCAGAGGGGUGGGGGAUUCCCUUCACCCGCAUGAUGUUGUCCUGAGGACUGCCUGCCCACCAGACUACACCUUGGCUAUGAGGCGCUCGCCAGACGACAUCCCGCUCAUGACGCCCAACACCAUAACCAUGAUCCCCAGUAGCAUGGGAGGGCUCACCUCACUCCACUCUUUUAACACAUAUCCCAGCAGUGGGCAGAACAACACUCUGCCUCAUCCGCACCCACACUCACAUUCCACCACCCGGGUAUAGCCCAGUGGGUUGACCUGUGCAGGCAGGACUCUGACAGCUAAGUCUAAGGCUAAGGCUAACUGACCCUGCUGCAGCAGAGAGUUGAGGCUGCCUUGCUCAUAAACACGGACAUUUCAGGAGUUAAAUCGCCUGCCCGGAGUUGCCAAACAACAACGGAAUUACACUGGGAUCAUAACACAUCUUGUUAAUACCUGAGGAAAUAUAGUAAAAGGUUCCAGAUGCUUUGGACCAGAGGAUCAAAAAAUAAUAUUAGUAAUUAUGUUUUUUUGUAAAGAAAAAAAUUAAAAGACUUGACAUAAAAAAUAAAGAUACAAAUUUGGGGCAGAACAAUGUCUCACAAGCUAAAA